AUGGUCAUCUAUCCAUAUCUAAUGCUGGAUUCCAUUGAGGGAACGGGGACGUUCGCCAUAAAAAUUGCUGGUGAACUAAAUACUCUAAGUCAUUAUGGCCUACUUGAUGGGGCAACGUGUGUGGUUGUGGUGCUAGUUGAACGAGUAUCUAUACUGGAGACAGCUUUUCCUACGACUACUAUUGGUUUUCGUGGAAGGAACGUAUUCCAGAUGAUACUACGAAAUGUAUCGACAUUUUUGAUGGUUGUGUUGACAAAUGUGUUUGCCGAAUUCUGCGGAAAUAAUCGUAUACCAUUUGGAAUUGAGGUACACAAAGACGGUCACGUCAUCUUGUUAUGUUCGCGACCGAAUUGUCAUGAAAAGAAAUAUGCGGAAUGUCCCGAACGAGCUCAAUCAAGGUCAUGUCCAAGUAACACCUCGUGGGUUGGAGGUCUCCAGAGAACCGUAGAUGGACAAUUAUUUCUUCAAUGUUGUGAAUAUCCUCUCAUGGAAAAGUACGGGCAGUUGAUGUUCACAGAUGUAGUAGUACGACGUGGAGAAUUUUUCGAAGCUGAGGAAAAAUAUGAUAAGAAUGACGAAGAUGUGGUACAUUUUGACUUGAUUACCAAUAUCAGAAAAGGAGUCGACGAUCGAGGAGAAUUUUAUUCGCUUACUGUACACCGGUAUUUUUGUGGAAAAAUUCCCGACACUCCACCUGUGUGGUAUCAGAAGAAGAAUUGGCCAUUCUGGCCGGAAAUGGAAAUAGAACAACAAAGCUAA